UAAAACAAAACAUGAAAUUUCUUUUAAUAAUAUAUUUAAUUCUACAAUUUGGACAACUAACACUGGCAGUGCAGCACAAUAUUAUUUGUUAUUAUGAUGCUAGCAGUGAGGAUAGACAAGGUUUUGCUCACUUCUCUUUAGCGGAUUUGGACAAAGCCCUAGAAUUUUGCACUCAUGUCAUUUAUGGCUAUGCCGGCAUCAACACCCUAUCUUUGCAAAUGAGCAGCCUCAAUGCAGCACGUGAUAUAGAGAGGCGGCACUUUUCAGAAGUUACUGCUCUAAAGGAAAAAUACCCGCACAUAAAAUUUCUACUCAGUGUGGGAGGCGAUAAAGAUAUAGAUUUGGAUUUAAAUAAUAAAUACAUAGAGCUAUUGGAAGCCGGUGCUGAAACACAGAAAUCGUUCAUAGAAUCUGCACUAUAUUUGUUGCGUAGUUAUAAAUUUGAUGGUCUAGAUUUGGCAUUCCAAUUUCCGCGUAAUAAUAACAAUGUUAAAGGAAUCAUAAAUGCCCCCUGGAAAUCGUUGAGAAAACUAUUUGCAAAUAGACUUAAUGAAACGGACAACAAAGAAGAAGAUCAUAGAACUCAGUUCUCCGUAUUAGUACAAAAUCUUAAGAAGGCUUUUAAGCCACAUGAUCUAAUGUUGAGCUUGACGGUGUUGCCCAAUGUAAAUGCUUCCCAGUAUUUCAAUGCAUCUGCUUUAAUAUCAAAUUUGGAUUUCAUUAAUCUGCAAACAUUUGAUUUUACCACACCCGAGUUAAGUCCUUCAGAGGCUACCUAUACUGCUCCUUUGUAUUCCCUACCCGUGCAGGGCAAUCGUAAUGUUCAGCAUAGUGUGGACUAUCAGGUGAAUUAUUGGCUUUCCCAGCGUAUUUCACACAACAAAAUCAAUGUGGGCCGUGCUUGGAAAAUUACUACCGCUUCUAGAACGGAUGGCUAUCCCAAGAUAUUAGCUGCUAAUGGUCCUGCUCCAGCUGGCUAUAUAACAAAACUACCCGGGAUCUUUACUUGGACAGAAAUUUGUCCGAUGCUACCAAAUGCUCUAAAUGUCAAUAAAACCGGUCCGCAGGCCCCCUUGCUCAGCGUUUUAGAUCCUCAUAAGGAUUUUGUGACUUAUGCUUUUCGUGCUGCUGAUGCCAAUGGUGAAUAUGGCAUGUGGGUGAGUUAUGAUGAUCCUAGGAUUGCAGCCGUCAAAGCUGCCUAUGUGAAACGUCGUCAUUUGGGUGGCAUCGCUUUGUACGAUGUAAGUUUGGACGAUUUUCAUGGCCUAUGUAAUGGUGAUACAUUUCCGAUGUUAAGAUAUAUUAAAUAUACGUUUUUAUAAGUACAA